AUGAACCCUUUAACCGGCUACAUUUGCUAUGGUGGCUGGUGGUUCAGCCCCCAAGAGUAUGUCAAUAAUAGCUGGUAUACUUGGGCCGGCCAGCUGGGAGUAUUUCUGGUUUCUGAUCUCGACAAGGUGUUGUAUGGUGUAUUUGGCAUUACCCUCAUUAUGGAUGCUAUCACUCUAUGGAGGUUAUUGGUAACCCACUUGGUGACGGUCACCUUCCUAUUCGGCAAUUUUAUCGCGAACUAUGUUAUCCAAAACUCCUUCCCCAUUAUAUACUUUUCCGUGUUGGAAAUUGUCCCAUUUACGGGACACGCCAUGCUCACGCUUAUUGUCAUCCUGUUCAACAUCCCGCCAAAAGCGAGGACCGAGAAAGCGGCUAACGUUACUGUUACCAAUUUUGGGAGUGGCAGAAAUGACACUACAAAGAUUACUAGAAUUGAA